ACAGGAUUGAAAAAACGUACAAGGAAGGCGUUUGGGAUACGGAAAAAAGAGAAAGACACUGACUCUACCGGGUCACCAGACAGAGAUGGUGGCGAACCUCAAGAAAUUGAAUCGUCACAGAAGAAGACCAAUGGGGCUCCCAAUGGCUUCUAUGGAGAGAUUGACUGGGAUCGCUAUAAUUCUCCUGAGGUCGAUGAUGAAGGUUAUAGUAUAAGGCCAGAGGAUGAAGAUGGAGAUAUCCUUUUAAGUACAAAAUCCAAGUUCUUUUCCUCCAGUGAAUCUGAAGAGGAAGAAGACCACCGGAAAAAGUUUAAAAUCAAGAUCAAGCCCCUUCCGACAGACAGCGCUAACUUUGUUGCCCCUUCGGUAGAUGAAUUAAAAGCCUCCAUAGGCAACAUAGCUCUCUCUCCCUCGCCUCUGAGGAAAAGUCCGAGACGUAGUCCGGGUACGAUGAAAAGAAAUCCAGCUGAAGAAAUCUCUAGGCCCCGUCGCUCCGUUCCUGCAGUGACUGCUGUAGCUCCCAACACUCCCACUCCUGCACCUGCACCUCCCAGCAGUAAGAGAUCUCCCGUGCCAGAGGAUGCAACGGCCUUAUUCGGACCCCCACUGGAGACCACCUUUGAUGAACAAAAAACAGAAGUGAUGGUAGCUGAGCCUGAGGUCUGGGGUGCACCUCUCUCUGAGUCAAACCCUUCUCUGGCAAGACCUUUUCCCACAGGAACACCGCCUCCGCUUCCACCCAAGAAUGUGCCGACUUCCCCUCCUCCAUGUGACUCUCCCACUGCGGAGCCUGCUGAUGCACUGAAAGAAGAGGACAGCUCAGCUCAGCCUGAAGAGAAGCCUUCCCUUGCUGACCUAGACAACAUCUUCGGUCCUGCUGACUCCCUCCAACCUAAGGAUGAAGCUGCGGACAAGUGGGUGGACUUUGGUGAUGAUUCACCCGAAAGGCCCCCUCUUCCUGAAAAGCCUGCACCCCCACUGCCUACAUCCCCGCCGCCUCCAGGAGAGCCGGCCCCUCCGUUACCGAAAACGUCACCUUCAGCAGAGGAAAUCGCAUCGACACUACCGAAAUCUCCGCCCCCACCUGAAGAGCCUGCUCCUGUCCCUUCCACAACCCAACCACCAAGAGACGCCACUCCCUCUCCUCCCACAGUUCCACCCCUACCCAAAGACAGUACCCCUUCUCCUCCAAAAGCCGUACCCCCUAAAGAAGACACUAUGCCUUUCCCUCCUUCACUAGUAGAUGCAGCCCCAUUCGCUGACAAUACACCUCCAUGCAUUCCCCCUGGCCCCUCCACAGAGGAAGCCUUAGCCCAAAGUCCGCCCUCUUCGUUGGAGACAAAUGCACGCACAAUCCCUCCGCCUCUUGUACUCAAUCAGGAGGACAAAAAAAGCCCAGACAAGGCCCAGUCGAAGGAAGACCCAAGUGACAGCGGUUCUUCGCCCAAAGAGAUAGGCCAGGGCCUCCGUUCAACGCCGCCUCCUCCACCACCCCCCACAUACAGGGCAGUAGUCUCAUCCCCAGGCCCAUGCUCUGGAGCAGGUGGCAGUGGCAGUGGCUCCUCCUCUCCUGCACGUCCUGCGACGCCUUUGACCGCCAGUAGCCCCACCCCUCCCCUUCCUCCACCUCGCCCACCAUCACGACCCAAACUGCCUGGGAAAAUGGGUGCAGUGGAUACGAAUCGGCCUUUCAGCCCUCCCGUCCACUCCUCCAGCCCCCCGCCCAUUGCGCCGUUGGCUCGAGCGGAGAGCACCUCCUCCAUCUCUUCCACCAACUCUCUGAGUGCUGCCACCACGCCCACCGUUGGUAAAGAUCUCUCCGUGUCUGUGUCAGAAGAUGAUGCUUUUGUAGACAAACUGCCCAGCUUUGAGAGGCGAGCUGAUAUGCCUACAGAAAAUGACCAGCCAUCCCUCGUGUGGUUUGACCGAGGAAAAUUUUAUUUAACAUUCGAAGGAUGCUCCCGUGGCCCCAGUCCCCUCACUAUGGGAGCUCAGGACACAUUGCCUGUGGCUGCCGCCUUUACUGAAACAGUCAAUGCCUAUUUCAAAGGAACUGACCCAAAUAAGUGUGUGGUGAAGAUCACAGGGGAGAUGGUGCUGUCGUUUCCGGCCGGAAUAACGCGGCAUUUUGCCAAUAACCCCUCACCAGCCGUGCUAACUUUCAGCGUAACCAACUACAGUCGCCUGGAGCACGUCCUCCCUAACCCACAACUACUGUGUUGUAACACCACACAACCCAACCCCAGUUCUAAGGAGUUUUGGGUGAAUAUGCCAAAUCUGAUGACCCACUUAAAGAAGGUCGCUGAGCAGAAGCCUCAAGCCACUUAUUACAAUGUAGACAUGCUGAAAUAUCAGGUGUCUGCACACGGCGUUCAGUCAAGUCCCCUCAACCUGGCAGUGAGCUGGAAAUGUGAGCCCACCAGUACAGACCUGCGGAUAGACUACAAAUACAACGGAGCUGCCAUGACAACACCUGUGGCUCUCAACAAUGUCCAGUUCCUUGUACCUGUGGAUGGAGGUGUCAGCAAACUGCAAGCUGUUCUUCCUCCAGCAGCAUGGAAUGCAGAGCAACAGAGGAUCCUGUGGAAGAUUCCAGAUAUUUCACAAAAGUCUGAAAAUGAAGGUGUAGGGUUUUUGUUGGCACGUUUCCACUUGACAGAGGGUCCCAGUAAGCCCUCACCACUGGCAGUGCAGUUCACCAGUGAGGGCAGCACUCUCUCAGGCUGUGACAUUGAGCUGGCCGGACCAGGGUACCGCUUCUCCCUCAUUAAGAAGAGAUUUGCCGCAGGAAAAUACUUGGCUGAAAAUUAA